GAGUUGCACGAAGAGCUCCAGGUUGGCAAGACAAAGUCCGUCUCCAGGCGAUGGCUGGUGGGGACUUUCACGGAGGGGCAUGAGCUCUCCGCGUCGCGAAGAAGCAGCAACAUCUCCGAGGUCACCCCCAUCUCCCCGCGAUCAUCACUGAAAGUGGCGGCUUCCGAGGAGGCACAUUCCGAGCGGGACGAGAACGAGGCGGACAUCGAGCCCACAGACACGGCGGACAUCGUGGUCAGCCUGUCUGGUGAGACCGAGGUCGCCGAACUCUUGCAAGGCGUGGGACGGUUGGACUUUGACGUCCUAGCCUUCGCCGAGCUGCCAGGGAUCAAGGGCCACAUGCUCGAGGUCCUUUUCCAGAAGGCGGCACAGCAUCACAAUCUGCUUGAGAAGUUGGAGGAUCAGUCGGCUGUGAAGGAGGGGCUUCUUUUCCGAAGCCGGCUGCCGAAAUUCCUGCGCACCAUUGAGGAGAGCUAUCGCUCUGAUGUGCCCUACCACACGGCCGUCCAUGCGUCGGAUGCGAUGAUGACGAUGGAGUGGCUCCUCAGAUCUCAGAGCUUGCUUGGCCAGAUCUCAGCUGUCGACCACCUGAUGGCCCUGGUAUCCAUGGCGAUCCAUGACGUGGGACAUCCUGGGAG